AUGGCCUCAACCGAUCGCACAUUUCUCACCUUCCAACACAAUGCCAAGCUCCACAAUCUCGAAACCAUCGUGAGGGGAAUCCACCCUUUCCCAACCCUGGAAGACUCCAACCGCCAGCUCUUCAAGCAAGGCACCGAUGAAGAUUAUGCUGUCAUCACAGAGCAGACCAUUUUCCAUCCCCAGGGAGGCGGACAGCCGUCAGACGAGGGCACCAUGACCAACGCCUCGGGUGUAGCGUUCACGGUCGCAGCCGUGCGCAUGGACGCAGUCCGCGAGGGCCAAGUCCUCCACUUUGGCCGGUUUAACCCGACAUCAUCAUCUUCAUCCAGCGUCUUCUCCGAGGGAGAUGCAGUCGAACAGACGAUAGACGCAGAUAAGCGUCUGCUGUACUCGCGUCUGCACACGGCCGGCCACGUCCUCGGCGCGGCGGUGCGGCAUCUCCUGGAAAAGGAGGUAGAGGGGUUCGACGAGCUCAAGGCGUCGCAUUUCCCUGACGCGGCGGCGUGUGAGUUCCAAGGUGCUAUCGAUGGGAAAUGGAAGGAUCCGAUCCAGGCGAAAGUGAACGAGUUUAUCGAUGCCAAGUUGCCCGUCGAGGUGGACUGGUGGGAUGAGGAUGAGUUUCGGAGGCGGGGAUUGGAGCGAUUGCUGCCUGAUCGCGGUUCUGUCGCUAUUGCUCCCGGCGAGAAGUUUCGCGUUGUCAAUAUUGUCGGAGCUGAGGUGUAUCCCUGUGGAGGUACGCAUGUCGAUACGACGGAUCUGUGUGGUUCAACUACGGUGCGAAAGAUUACGAGGAAGGCUGGCAGGUCCAAGGUCAGCUAUACCGUAGCUAAUUGA